AUGGCUCGCCGCGGGGAUGCUCGCUCACCAUCCCUGCGGGCAGCUCAUUCUCAGCAUCUCGCCGGCCUGGCAAUAGAGGUCGUCGCGAUGAUGAUCGCGGUGAUGAUCGCGGUGGCCAUCGUCGAUCCCGGAGCCCAGAGCGUCGUUACCAUGAUCGAGACAGUGCCCGCGGUAGAGAUUCAUAUCGACGCCGCGACCGCUCUGUCUCCAGAUCGUCGCCGAUCUCGAUCCCGAGAUGCCAAUCGCGAUUAUCGCCGGCGAAGCCGUGACAGGGACAUUCGAUCCCGGCGUGAUGAUUCGCGGGGCCAUGACAAGAGACGAACCCAUGACCCUGCUGAUUUGAAGCCUAAGUCUGGAAGGGGGGAUAGCCGUGACCGAGGCUCUGCCCGACGUUCCAGGUCCCGUGGUCACGAAGUGCGUUCUGCCCUUGCCCUGAAAACCCAGAGUACGAUUUCUAACAGCUCUUCGCAGCCAUCGAAGUCGUCAACCUCUGCCGCAGCUCCCGCAGUCAAGUCAGAAGAAGAAAAGAAGGCCGAGCGUCUAGCGAAACUCGCGGCGUGGAAAGAAAAGCAAGUUGCAGAGAGGGAACGCAAAAGACAGGAGGAGAUUGCAGGUGGUGCCCGCAAUGUUUUGGACGAUAUAGAUCCACGUGCAGCACUCUCCUCUACGGCGGUCAAGUCCCCUCAAACCCCCGUCACUCCUGCUUCUGCUUUUUCUGCUGAGAAAUUCGAACCCACAACAAUCGUCAAGAAACCAUCCCACACUACGACUGCUGGACCUCAACCCUCCCAAAUUUCCGUACCUCCAGAGGGAGGAGGAGACAUGAGGGAAGGCCCCGCUACUCGAGCAUUCGGCUUCGAAGAUGAUGAACCUACUACCCGCUUCAAACCCGCAAAACUACCUGAACUCACUGAUGACGGUACCAAGUACCAAUUUGAUGAUGACGAAGAUGAUGAUGAUACCCCUAGGGACCCUACCCUGGAAGCAACCAUUGCCGCAGAACGACGCGACAAAAUACUCCAAGGCGGCGACCAGGCCUCUGGCUCUAAUGCUAUGGAUGUCGAAGACGAAGUCUAUGAAGAAGGAGGCCAUGGCGAAGAAAUGGACGAAGACGACGCUGGUGACGAUGAACUCGACCCUCUUGACGCGUACAUGACGGGCCUGGGUGAAGCUGGUCCAUCCGGCACCAAACGCAAGGCCCCAGACGCUCCGACUAUUUUCACCGACGACAAUGAGCCUCAGAUGACAGCUGUUGGGAAGGCCGAUGCCGAAGCCCUCGCUGUGCCAAAGAAGAAGAAGGAUGAGGUUCCAGUUGUGGAUCAUUCGAAGAUUGAGUACGAGGAUUUCCGCAAGAAGUUCUACGUCCCACCCUCCCACCACUUGGACAUGACUCCAGAGGAGGUCAAAAAUCUUCGAGCCCACCUCGAUGACAUCAAAGUCCGUGGCAAGGACGUGCCUGUCCCCGUCUCGACGUGGGCUGAAUGUGGUUUGGGUGUACAGACCCUUGAUGUGGUGUCUGACCUUGGCUACGACCACCUGACAGCCAUUCAAGCCCAAGCCAUUCCCACCCUGAUGUCCGGCCGUGAUGUAAUCGGCAUUGCCAAGACUGGGUCUGGAAAGACCAUUGCAUUCCUGAUCCCCAUGUUCCGCCAUAUCAAAGACCAACGUCCCUUGCAUAAAUCGAAGAAGUUGACGGAGGGCCCCAUCGGCCUAAUCUUGACUCCAACACGGGAACUCGCAGUUCAGAUCCACAGAGAAUGCCGUCCAUUCCUGAAGAAACUGAGGUUACACGCCGCUUGUGCAUAUGGAGGUGCUCCGAUCAAAGACCAAAUCGCCGAGGUGAAGCGAGGUGCGGAGAUAUUGGUUGGCACACCUGGACGCGUGAUUGACCUUCUCAAAACCAACUCGGGCCGCGUACUUAACCUUCAGCGCGUCACUUAUCUUGUUCUCGAUGAGGCCGACCGUAUGUUUGACAUGGGAUUCGAGUCUCAGGUCAUGAGAAUUCUGGGCAAUAUUCGACCCGACCGGCAGACCGCGCUUUUCUCCGCCACCUUCCCCCCUAAAAUGGAAGGGUUGGCUCGUAAGACUCUCAAAACCCCGGUUGAGAUCAUCGUCGGUGGAAAGAGUGUCGUCGCACCCGAAAUCACGCAGAUUGUCGAGGUGAUUGACGAGAAGGACAAAUUUGUUCGUCUCCUGGGACUUCUCGGUGAACUUUACAACGACGAUGCGAACCAGGAUUCCCGGGCUUUGGUCUUCGUCGAUCGCCAAGAGGCCGCUGACACCUUGCUCAGUAUGCUGAUGCAUAAAGGCUAUCCAUGCAAUUCCCUCCAUGGUAGGAAGGACCAGCUUGAUCGAGACUCGACUAUCCAGGAUUUCAAGGCCGGUGUCUUCCCCGUGCUAGUGGCUACAUCUGUCGCUGCUCGCGGUCUGGACGUCAAGCAGCUUAAGUUGGUGGUCAAUUACGAUGCACCCAACCACCUCGAAGAUUAUGUUCACCGUGCUGGUCGUACUGGACGCGCCGGAAACACCGGUACUGCAGUCACUUUCCUUACCAAGGACCAGGAGCGAUAUGCCGUUGAUGUCGCGCGGGCUCUGCGUGAGAGUGGCCACGAAAUCCCCGAGCCAGUGCAAAAGAUGGUGGAGGCAUUCCAGGAGAAAGUCAAGGCUGGUCAAGAGAAGGCAGCAGGAAACUCUGGAUUCGGUGGCAAAGGCUUGGAGCGUCUUGACAAAGAUCGUGAGACUGCUCGCAACCGCGAACGCCGCACCUACAAGACAGGGGAAGAAAACGACGAGUCUGAAGACGAGGAGCUCCAGGCCAAGGACGAUGAGCGCUUCAAGAAGGCCCUCUCCCAAGUUCAAUCCGCUGCGGCCGCCGCUCCACCCGAGCCCGCCGACCUGCCAAAGGGCAUUGACUUGGAUGCUCAGAUCAUCGUCCACAAGACCGAAAGGGGCGCUGGUGCAGGUCCCGAUUCUAAGCUUGCCCAGGUGGGAAGUGCCGUGGCCGAUAUCAACUCUCGCCUGAGCCGUAAUGGAGCGAUCCGCUCGGGUGUCCCCAUUGACAAUCGUGGUCCGGAUGCUGGCGCAUACCAUGCGACGAUGGAGAUCAACGACUUUCCCCAGAAAGCUCGUUGGGCCGUCACUAAUCGCACGAAUGUGGCCAAAAUCCUGGAGUCCACGGGGACAUCCAUCACGACGAAGGGCAACUUUUACCCUCCUGGGAAGACCCCAGGAGAGAACGAGUUGCCCCCCCUUACAUUCUUGUAG